AUGUCCCAUUCUAUAGAGAUUCUCUUGUUCCUUGCUCCAUCCAAGACCGAAGACACAUCGCACGGCUCUCAGCAGGAGAAGGAUGAAGUCGGCAAGAAAGAGCGCUCGUCGCGAACACCGUCACCAAUUGCUAUGCUCGAGCCCGAACUGGAUAGACCCACCGGCGCCGCCCUGGCAGCCUCGCUCAAAUCUCUGCCAAACGCCCGCUCGUUCGACGACUUCGACACAACCUUCCGGUACGCUCUUCGUCCGCGCGUAGCCUCUAACCCAGUCAACUCCUCCUUCGCGCGCCAACGCAUCCUAAAAGUACAUCAUCCGUACCGUCUCCACCACGUUCGCAAACCCACGUCCCAAGUAUCCGUCGUCGCCUUUUACCUCGGCUUCAGCGCCUCCACCUGCCCCAUCCAGGCCGACCGUUCCAUCAACAUCUCUGUGGGCCUUAUCCCGUCCCACGGCCUCGGGGCCGCGAUGCACCUGAGCCUGAUCUUCCGUUACACCAACACCGCCGGUCGCAUGUCCCACGAUCCCGCGCACGCGACGAACGUGGACGUGUCCGAGGCGAAGGGGAUCAUGAACAAGAAGAACGGGUGGUACGCUCGAUCUCAGAGGUGUCGCGAAACGGUGCACGACCGAGGAGAAGUUGGCCUUCGACCUGCCGGUGGAGAAGUCUCGACACGUUCGUCAUCGCGGAGAGAAGUGGGUAGAGGGCUCGGCGACCCCGUUGAACGUGUAGAUGGCGUCGGCGAUCUGACACUACAGGAGGGCCAACGCGAUCUCGAGCAACGGAUGUCCGGCCUGAACGGGGCGCGACGUACUUGGAAGUUUGCGCGAGGCGUCGGCGCUGUGCGCCCGACACCGCAGAGGUCGCUGUCAAGGUUGGAGAAUGCGGAGAAGCGCCGAUGGGGCUGUGUGGCGGUCGGUGACCCUCUCGUUCGAAUUCUCGCCCAACGCCACCAGCCGGGAGGAGGGGACGACGACAAGUCGAUGAUGUUGUGUAACCACACAUCGAGAUACCAUGUCGCGGCGGCGGCGAUGCGGGGCAGGGCGAGGGUGAACCCGAAGGUGGCCGUCGACGCGCUCAAGACGGUGAGCUACGUGCUGCACCUGGCGCAGAAGGACAGCGACUAUCUUGAACACGAGCCAAGGUAA